AUGGGUGACGCUGUAGACUUGACCAGUGGCAUCAUUGUGGAUGAAAGCAGCAAAUAUUAUCACGAAGGGGGAAAACUGUUUUCCAGACCAUUGCCAGGAGACGAAAUUGUCAUUUCAGGUAUGGCCGGUGUUUUCCCGAGUUCCUCCGACAUAUCCGAAAUGAGGGAGAAUCUAUUCAACAAGGUCGACAUGGUGGCCCCCAACACUAGAUGGGGACAGUGGAGCUAUGAUCAACAAGAAAUACCUUCUCGCUGUGGUAUGAUUUCGGGACUUCACAAAUAUGACGCCGGAUAUUUUGGUGUCCACGAAAGACAGGGCCACUCCAUGGAUCCGAUGGUUCGAAUUUUCCAUGAAAAAGCCAUAGAGGCUAUCCUCGAUGCAGGUCUGCACCCCUCAGACCUAGAGGGGACUAGGACUGGUGUGUAUGUCAGUGUCUAUUCCAGCGAAAACGACAAAGCCUGGUACUACGACAAUUUGAGUCCGCAGACCUUUGCAGUGACUGGAUGCCAAAGGUCCAUGAUAGCCCAUCGGCUUAGUUAUUUUUUAAAAUUGAGAGGACCCUCUAUUAUUGUGGACACAGCAUGCAGUAGUUCUUUUUGUGCAUUAGAAAACGCUUACAGAGCCGUCAGAUUAGGAGAGAUCGAUAACGCCAUCGUAGGAGGGACUCAUAUAUGUUUGCAACCGCUCAUGACACUACAGUAUCUACAGUAA